AUGGAAGAAGAAGGAGAAGAUAUAAACAAUUGUCCACUAGGAAGAAGAGAUCAAGUGAUUGAAUAUUCAGCUCGAGAGAAAUUAAUAGAUGGUUUAGUUGAAACAGAUACUGAACGUUUUAGAAAGGAUAUGGAAGAGGAGAGUGUUGUUAGAGGAAGACUUGAGAGUUGUGGAAUUAUUCUCCAAAAAGAAAUGAAUGGAAUUAAUAUCCAUACAAGAAGGGAUGAUGAAAUUAGUUGUGAAUUAAGAAGGCUUAAUGCACAACUAAUUGAGAAAAGAAGAUUUAUUAAUGAAUGUAGAAAAAAGAUGAGAGAGUAUUAUAAAAGAGUCGAAGGAAAGCAAGCUGAAUUCGACAAAUUACAAAAAGAAGAAAAAAGUUAUAAAUGUCAUUGA